AUGGGACAUCUGGGGGAGAACACCGCCGUCUUGCCUGCCCUAAGGUUCUUAAACCACUUCAUUUCCCAGCGAGCAGAGAAAGGGUCUGGCCUGGAUACAUCUACUCUGCCCCGAGUUUUCUGCAGAUGCAGUACCAUCGGAGAGCGCAGUCUGAGGAGGAAAGAGCCAAGCAGAGCCUACCUCAUCCAGGUGGAGCGAGAGAAGAUGCAGAUGGACCUGAGUCACAAGCGGGCAGGCGUGCAGCUGGAGAAGGCAGAUAGAUUCAGUGCCAGGAACUACGAGCGGGAGGCUGACCGUAACCCAGAACUCCUGGCAGGCACCGGACAGCUUCAGGGGUGGGAGGCGGAGGCGGAGGAGAAGACGGAGCAGUAGGACAGCCUGGCCACGGCCGGCGAGACGACUGGCACCUUGAAGGGACAAGGCUCAGAGCAGCAGUGGAGCUUCAUGCGCCACAGAGGGAAGAUGAAGCAGCUGGAGCCUGAGAAGCAGGAACUGUGGGAGCAGCUUCACCUGGGGGAGAUGAUGGACACCGACGGGAUGCUCACAGAGGAGCUGGGUGGGCUGCAGCUGCGGCUGGGCCAGCAGGAGAAGAUACAGGAAGCUCUGAUUGACCUGGAGCUGGAGAAGCAGAGGCGGCUGGCAAAGCUGCGAUGCGGGCAGACCUGGACCAGAGCAGAGGUCUGA